CUCACCACUCACUCACUCUACCCCAAGCCAGCUCUGCCAUGGCCGCCUCCACCAUGUCUGUCUGCUCUGAUGCUUGCACCCACUCCUCCUGGCAGGUGGACGACUGCCCAGAGAGCUGCUGUGAGCCCAGCUGCUGUGCCCCCAGCUGCUGCCAGCCCAGCUGCUGCCAGUCUAGCUGCUGUGCCCCCAGCUGCUGUGCCCCAGCCCCCUGUCUGACCCUCCUCUGCUCCCCAGUGAGCUGUGUGUCCAGCCCCUGCUGCCAAUCUGGCUGCAACAGCUGCUGCACACCCUCGUGCUGCACCUGCUCCCCCUGCCAGCAGUCCUGCGGCGUGACUCUUUGCUGCAAGCCUGUCUGCUGCACACCUUCUAGCUGCCAGUCCUCUUGCUGCCAGCCAUCCUGCUGUCAAUCCUCCUGCUGUGUUCCUCUCUGCUGCAAGCCUGUGUGCUGCACACCUAUCUGUUGCACACCCAUCUGCUCUGGAUCCUCCUCAUGCUGCCAGCCAUCCUGCUGUGCACCCGUCUGCUGCAAGCCUGUCUGCUGCAAGCCCUGCUCCAGCAUGUCCCUGCUCUGCCGCCCUGUUUGCAGACCCGCCUGCUGUGUGCCCACCUCCUCCUGCUGUGCCUCCUCCUGCCAGCCCAGCUGCUGCCGCCCAGCCUCCUCCUGUGUGUCCCUGCUGUGCCGCCCUGCCUGCUCCCGCCAGGCCUGCUGUGGCCUCUCCUCAGGCCAGAAGUCUUGCUGUUGCUGAGUCUGUCUACUAUGGACUCAUGUACUCCUCCCCAAUCCCUUUCUGCCCCUUUAGUCGGCCCCUGCUGUGAGAUCUUCCCAGGACAGAACCCUGACAUGUUGUUGAGCUGACUUGUGCUAUCCUCCUGGUGCCCAAGAGCCCCACCUGC